CGGUAAUUUUUAGGAGUUAUGAGCGAUGGCUUUCUGUAGUUCACGUUUGGCUGCACUUGCACACGAAGAAGAAGAUAAAUAUUGCAUCCUUUCUUGCUCUGUCUCUGUCUCUCUGUCAUAAACUCCACCAACAACACCUCCACACUCUCUUUCUCUCUCUCUAGCUGAAGAUCUUCCUUGCUUUCGGUGCUUUGAAAAGCAAAUCUAAGGCUGCACUUCAUCCUCUCUCUAUCUCUCUUUUUCCCCUGCUUUCGCAAAUACGCUCUCUUUCUCUCUCUGUCUUUUCACUUGGAUCUCUAUUCUCUCGGUAAAACACAGACCUCAAAGUUCCGUUUAUUUACGGGCUAUCAUUAUCUUCUAGCUAGGGUUUAUUAUGGUUUUUGUUUCCCAGUCCCAGUAGCUUAUGCUUUGGUUAAGCUUUUUCCCUUGGUUGCUUCCUUCUCAAGAUCUUAUCCAAGUCUGCUUAGAAUUCAAGCUGAAAUUUUCCCAAGAAAGUGAAAGAAAAAUUCCACAGAAUUUUCUGUGUAAAGCAGUGAGCGAUUUGUAUAUUAGUUCCCUAGCAUCAAACAGUGCCAUGAGCCUUGAAUUGUAGUCCACUCUCCAGGAGCUUUGGAAAAGUAACAGAGCAAAAACAGAGGAAAACAGAGGAGUGUUCCAUGGAUUCAAAGUCCCAGCAUGAUUAUGAACACCAAAAUCAGCAACCCAAUUCUGGGUUGUUACGUUUUCGCUCUGCCCCGAGCUCGCUUCUCUCCAAUUUCAUCGAAGGAGGUGUUGUUGCUUCCGGUGCCAAUAAGGGCAAUUUCACAGAGGGCUCUGAAUCAGAGAUACUUUCCAGAUUCCUAAAUUACGCUGGCAGUGCUGAUACAGCUUCGCCGACCGAGGCGGCUGUGAACCGUGUGAGCUCUCAGCAGGGCUAUUCUGGGGGUUUGCCGCCCCAUUAUCCGAGAUAUGGCCCGGCUGCUACUAAUUCUUCUCCUAUGGAUGGCUCAUAUGGGUUGGUGGGUUCAAUGGCAACGGAUCACCACGUUCAAGCGAAAGCAGAUAAUUCCAAUAUUCUCAGGCAAAGUAGCUCGCCUGCGGGGCUUUUCUCCCAUAUCUCUAUCCCGAAUGGCUAUGCCACCAUGAAAGGUGUUGGAAACUACGGUGGGGUGAAUGGUACUAAUGGAGAUAUUAGUCCAUCUACGAACAGAUUGAAGAGUCAAAGUAGUUUCUCACCAAGACUUCCUUCUUCCCUAGGUGUGUUGUCGCAGAUCUCUGAUAUAGGGACUGAAAGUGUUGGGGCAAAUAGUCCUGGUGAUGGAAAGCUUGGAAAUGGCAAUGGUGAUGUUCGAUUUUAUGGCCCUGGGUUCCCAUAUGGUUCUUGGAACGAUUCAUCGCAUUUUGCAGAGAAUUUCACUGGCAUGAAAAGAGAACAAGAUGAUGAUGGGAAACUAUUUUCUAAUACUCAGAAUGGAGGACUUGGAACUCAAGGUCAUUUAUUAUCCCACCACUUGAGUUUGCCGAAGACUUCAUCAGAGAUGUUUACCAUGGAAAAGUACCUGCAAUUUCAAGAUUCUGUUCCUUGUAAAAUUAGAGCAAAGCGCGGUUGUGCCACUCAUCCUCGAAGCAUUGCAGAAAGAGUAAGAAGAACCCGGAUUAGCGAACGAAUGAGAAAACUCCAAGAACUUGUCCCAAACAUGGACAAGCAAACAAACACAGCCGACAUGUUGGACCUGGCUGUCGAAUAUAUUAAAGAACUUCAGGAACAGUCCAAGACUCUUAGGGAAAAUCGAGCCAACUGCAAGUGUUAAGUAUGCAGAACCCAAGUCUCAAAUCAAAUUGCUUAAACUUGCUGAUGUACAGAAAAUAAGAGUAAUGGAAAGUUGAUAGAAACCAGAUCUCAUUUCAUUUAUGUGCUGAGCAAUAAGUGGAAGAGGCUUAAGAUAUUUUCUUUCUAGUGUAUGUGGCAUAGAAGCAGGUGGUAGAGUUUUCUGUUUUUCACCACAAGUUUUGGGUCCUGUAAGCUAACAAGGCUUCCAAUCACACGAUAUAUGAAAUAAAGAGAGAAAGUUGUACAGGACAUGUUCAAAUAGUGCAAUCCUUGUUUUGUGUGA